AUGAAGCGGAGGGUUACGAUCGUGUAUCCUCCGGUGAAUAUAUCCCAUCGGUCGUCCGUUGGAUCCCGAUGGGAAACCACUGCAAACGGAUGCGGUAAUCACAGCUACACUCCCACAUCAUCGUCGACCUCAUCGUCAUCGUCGUCAUCGCCCGUUUCAUCGUCAUGCUCAUCAUACUCACCAGCCACGUUGAGUGCCUCGGAAAAACAUACAUCCUCUAUUGAAGAUGCCCUGAACAACAACGGCAGGAGCAGUAAUAAUCAUGCCGCAUGGUGCAACGGUGCAGCGGUACACAACCCAAACAGCAGCAAUCAGCAUGAUUCAGAAAAGUGCAAUUUUAACAAAAAUUGUUCCGGUCAUCUUGUCGGAUGUGGUUGUUCGACCGCUCCGGUGACCGGCGGUUGCACUGCAAAUAGUAGCAGCGAUGGCGGCAGCACCAGUAGUAGCAGCAGCAGCAGCAGCAGUAGUAGUAGUAGUUCUAGCGGGAAAUACCGCAAUGGCUGCGGUGCAGCGAGCGACGAGGCAGCCGACGACUGGCGGGUGUACUUCUUUGUCGGGCUGAUUGCCGUACUGUGCUAUCUAAACGGUGUCCAGGGUGACUUUGUGCAUGACGACAUUCCGGCAAUUACGAUGAACAAGGACGUGCUCGGGCUCAGUCCCGUCUCGCAGGUGUUCCGGAACGACUUCUGGGGCGCCCCGAUGGCCGACCUCAGCAGCCAUAAAUCAUACCGACCGCUGACGACACUGACAUUCCGAUUGAAUUAUAUAACCUUUGGCCUUCGCUCGCUAUGGUUUCAUGCUACCAACGUAGUGCUGCACGCCGCCGCCUGUGUCCUGUUCACCCGAGUCUGCACGACGAUCGCCAGGCUGCGGAAAAAUUUCGCCCUAUUCGCCGGCGUUUUAUUCGCCGUACAUCCGAUCCACACCGAAGCGGUGACCGGUAUUGUCGGGCGAGCGGAUGUCCUGGCGUGUAUAUUUUUUCUCAUCUCACUUCUUGCGUAUCACGGGCACAACGACGAACCAGACAGUAACUCCCUCUGGCUAAGCAUCCUGUUCGGUGGACUGAGCAUGCUGGCCAAGGAAACCGGCAUAACGGUGUUUCUGCUGAAUGUUGCCUAUGAUGUGUACCGAAAUUGGGCUUCGCUAAAAAAGACCAUCCUGCACGUGAGGUGGAGCGAAGAGACACACCAGUUCGGUCGCCGCGUCUCGCGGGUUCUGCUCUCGAUGGGGGUCCUGCUAGCCGUCCGGUUGGCGCUACUGCAAGGUUCCCUGCCAAAAUUUUCCCAACAGGAUAACCCUACGGCUUUUCAUCCGAAUAUGUACGUUCGAUUGCUGACGUUCUGCUACCUGGCCGCGUUCAAUUGGUGGCUUCUGCUCUGCCCGUCGACACUCAGCCACGACUGGCAGAUGGGUUCGAUACCAUUAGUCACAUCAAUAAGUGAUCCUCGAAAUUUACUCACGUUUAUUGCGUUUUUUGCCGCCCUGCUACUCGUCUAUCGAGGAAUACUGGAUUUCGAGCAUCAACGUCACGUUCCGGUCGUAUUAGGGUUUCUGUUAUUAGUUCUACCGUUCCUGCCGGCCACAAAUUUGGUCGUAACCGUCGGUUUUGUCGUUGCCGAGCGAGUGCUGUAUAUUCCAAGCUUGGGAAGCGUCCUCUUGACCGUGUAUGGUGCUCAACAGAUAUGGGAACGGUUGCCGAAGCUACGAAAACCUGUACUCGUAUUUUGCAUACUACUGCUUGCCUCCGGAUGUCUGAAAACUCUUUCCCGCAACCUGGACUGGAGCUCACGGGAAGCAUUGCUUAGAUCCGGGCUGAAAACGUUACCACACAAUGCCAAAAUGCACUAUAAUUUUGGGAACUUUUUGCGCGAUUCGGCCAAACCGGACCAAGCUAUCGCACACUAUCGGGAAGCGCUGCGGCUGUGGCCGACGUACGCCAGUGCGCACAACAACAUCGGCACACUCAUGGGCGAACUCGAGACGGCUGAAUACCACUUCCUGGAGGCUAUCAAAUAUUCGUCCGAGCACAUUAACGCGCACUACAACCUCGGUCAGCUAUACCGGAAAGCAAACCGAACCGCGGACGCCGUUCGCAUGCUGGAGCGCUGCAUCACGCUGGAACCACUAUCGACGGCGGCGUACCUGGAGCUGGUGAAGCUGUACAGCGGGACCAAGGUUGGCCAGUUGCUACGACGUGUCGUCCUGCUGAGCCCGUACGAUGCCGAUCUGCGCCGGCAUUACGGGGAUUGGCUCGCGGAGCAGAAUUUGCUGCUGGAGGCGAUUGUACAGUAUCAGGAAGGACUGCGAAUAGUGGAAACACAUCAAUUAUCGGUAAUCGGAGCCUGCCGGACGUUGCGCAAGCUCGGACAGCGCUCACGUCUUCAUCAGUUGAUAUUAAGAUGGCAAUUUAUAGUGCGCUUAUCGAAUGGUGGCAUACCGAUACAGACGGAGAUCUAUCUUCGUGAUUGGAGCAUAAAGCACGAACUGCGAAACCGGGCCAUGGUAUACGACACGGGUGGUUCCGCCCCGGGAGCCGCCGGCAUGGUUGGCGCAGGCGACAGUGGGACGACGACGAGGACGACGACGACGGACAGCGGCGGAAGCAGUUCCAUGGAUGCCAGCGCCGUAAAAGAUUGCGUAAAACUGAACUGCAGAAAAACGAGAGACUCUAAUAAACAUCAAACUUGUCCACCGCUGGAUUCGGACAUUAGCAUAAGAAUCCUGCGAUCGCCGCACUGCAACCGAUCCGAACAUCUACCGGGUUCGUUGAAGCACUGUAAACCGAUACCAAGCACGGCAACUCGGUCCUCCGGGAAAGCAUCAUCGUCGAAUCCGACCCGAUCCAAGGCGUCUCGCAGUGAGAACAGUUCCGGUAGCACCUCUUGCAGCAGUAGUGCAAAGAAUAAAAAGUGGCCAAAAACACGACACAAGCACAAAGGUUCCGAACAGCUGGAGCCAAAUUCCGAAGGACUGGCGCCUUUGCUGGUAUCCAAUCUGCUGGAUAAACUUUAA